AUGGAAAUUUUUUGGAAGACGUGGACAUGGAUUUUGAGCCUAGUCAUGGUUUCUUCGGAAUUUCACAGUAACAACAGGCUUUCAUACAGUUCUCAAGAGGAAUUCCUGUCUUACCUUGAACACUACCAACUAACAAUCCCAAUAAGGGUUGAUCAAAAUGGAGCCUUCCUCAGCUUUACUGUGAAAAAUCCUAAACCCUCAAGAAGGAGGAGGAGCACAGACCCUUAUGACCAAGAACUGGCAGCAUCUAAAUUAUUUUUUAAACUUUCUGCCUAUGGCAAGCACUUUCAUUUAAACCUGACUCUCAACACAGAUUUGGUGUCCAGACAUUUUACAGUAGAGUACUGGGGGAAAGAUGGACCGCAAUGGAAGCAUGAUUUCUUAGACCACUGCCAUUACACAGGAUAUUUGCAAGACCAGCACAGUACAACUAAAGUGGCCUUAAGCAACUGCAAUGGUCUGCAUGGAGUCAUUGCUACAGAAGAGGAUGAGUAUUUUAUUGAGCCUUUAAGAAAUAUAACAGAAGAUUCUAGUAACUAUAGUUACAAGAAUGGUCAUCCUCAUGUUAUAUACAAAAAAUCUACCAUGCACCAGCAGCACCUCUAUGAUCACAGUCACUGUGGAGUCUCAGACCUCACAAGAAGCGGCAAACCUUGGUGGAUGAAUGAUGCAUCUGCUUUUCCAGCUUCACUUCCAGUCAAUGACACACUAAGUAGUCAUAGUCGACAGAGGAGAUCUGUCAGCCUUGAACGGUUUGUGGAAACGCUGGUAGUAGCAGACAAAAUGAUGGUGGGAUACCAUGGUCGCAAAGACAUUGAACACUACAUUUUGAGUGUAAUGAAUAUUGUUGCCAAACUUUAUCGUGAUUCCAGUCUAGGAAACGUUGUGAAUAUUAUAGUGACACGUUUGAUUGUCCUCACUGAAGAUCAGCCAAACUUGGAGAUAAACCACCAUGCAGACAAGUCCCUCGAUAGCUUCUGUAAGUGGCAGAAAUCCAUUCUCUCCCACCAAAGUGAUGGAAACACCAUUCCAGAAAAUGGGAUUGCCCACCAUGAUAAUGCGGUUCUUAUUACUAGAUAUGAUAUCUGCACUUAUAAAAACAAGCCUUGUGGAACACUGGGCUUGGCCUCUGUGGCUGGAAUGUGUGAGCCUGAAAGGAGCUGCAGCAUUAAUGAAGACAUUGGCCUAGGUUCAGCUUUUACCAUUGCACACGAGAUUGGUCACAAUUUUGGUAUGAAUCAUGAUGGAAUUGGAAAUUCCUGUGGGACCAAAGGUCAUGAAGCAGCAAAGCUAAUGGCAGCUCAUAUUACAGCAAACACCAAUCCUUUCUCCUGGUCAGCUUGCAGUCGGGAUUACAUCACCAGCUUUUUAGAUUCGGGCCGUGGUACUUGCCUUGAUAAUGAGCCUCCCAAGCGUGACUUUCUUUAUCCAGCUGUGGCCCCAGGUCAGGUGUAUGAUGCUGAUGAACAGUGUCGCUUCCAGUAUGGAGCAACAUCCCGCCAAUGUAAAUAUGGGGAAGUGUGUAGAGAGCUCUGGUGCCUCAGCAAAAGUAAUCGCUGUGUUACCAACAGCAUUCCAGCAGCAGAAGGUACUCUUUGCCAAACAGGGAGCAUUGAAAAGGGGUGGUGUUAUCAGGGAGAGUGCGUACCUUUUGGCACUUGGCCCCAGAGCAUAGAUGGGGGUUGGGGUCCGUGGUCAAUAUGGGGAGAGUGCAGCAGGACCUGCGGGGGAGGCGUCUCCUCAUCUAUAAGACACUGUGACAGUCCAGCGCCUUCAGGUGGAGGCAAAUACUGUCUUGGUGAAAGGAAACGUUAUCGCUCCUGUAAUACUGAUCCGUGUCCUUCUGGGGCUCGUGAUUUUAGAGAGAAGCAAUGUGCAGAUUUUGACAAUAUGCCUUUCCGGGGAAAGUAUUAUAACUGGAAACCCUACACUGGAGGUGGGGUUAAACCAUGUGCAUUAAAUUGCUUGGCUGAAGGGUAUAAUUUUUACACUGAACGUGCUCCUGCAGUAAUAGAUGGGACUCAGUGCAAUGCUGAUUCACUGGAUAUCUGUAUCAAUGGAGAAUGCAAGCAUGUAGGUUGUGAUAAUAUUUUGGGGUCUGAUGCUAAGGAAGAUAGAUGCCGUGUUUGUGGAGGAGAUGGGAGUACAUGUGAAGCCAUUGAAGGUUUCUUCAAUGAUUCAUUGCCCAGAGGAGGAUAUAUGGAAGUGAUUCAAAUUCCAAGAGGUUCUGUGCACAUUGAAAUAAGAGAAGUGGCAAUGUCAAAAAACUACAUUGCUUUAAAAUCUGAAGAGGAUGACUACUAUAUUAAUGGUGCCUGGACUAUUGACUGGCCAAGAAAGUUUGAUGUUGCUGGAACGGCUUUCCAUUACAAGAGGCCAACAGAUGAACCAGAGUCUUUGGAAGCACUAGGCCCUACUUCAGAAAACCUCAUAGUCAUGAUUCUGCUGCAGGAACAGAAUUUGGGGAUAAAAUAUAAAUUCAAUGUUCCGAUCUCUCGCACUGGCAGUGGAGACAAUGAGGUUGGCUUUGCAUGGAAUCAUCUGCCUUGGUCAGAAUGUUCUGCCACUUGUGCAGGAGGUGUCCAGAAACAAGAGGUGGUGUGUAAAAGGCUGGAUGACAGCUCCAUUGUACAAAACAAUUACUGUGAUCCUGACAGUAAGCCUCCAGAAAACCAAAGAGCCUGCAACACUGAGCCUUGCCCACCUGAAUGGUUUAUAGGGGAUUGGUCGGAGUGCAGUAAGACCUGUGAUGGAGGAAUGCGUUCGCGGACAGUUCUCUGCAUCAGGAAGAUUGGGCCCUCCGAGGAGGAGACACUGGAUGCUGCCAACUGUUUAACACACCGGCCCAUGGAAAAAGAGCCCUGCAACAAUCAGUCCUGCCCCCCACAGUGGGUUGCUCUGGACUGGUCAGAGUGCACACCAAAGUGUGGCCCAGGAUUCAAACACAGAAUUGUUCUGUGCAAAAGCAGUGAUCUUUUAAAAACCUUUCCAGCUGCGCAAUGCCAAGACGAAAGCAAGCCGCCAGUGCGCAUCCGCUGUAGUUUGGGCCGAUGUCCUCCUCCUCGCUGGGUUGCUGGAGACUGGGGACAGUGUUCUGCACAGUGUGGUCUUGGGCAGCAGAUGAGAACAGUACAGUGUCUCUCAUAUACUGGACAAGCAUCCAGUGAGUGUCCAGAAACUCUCAGACCUCCAUCAAUGCAGCAGUGUGAAAGUAAAUGUGACAGUACUCCCAUUUCCAACACAGAGGAGUGCAAAGAUGUGAACAAAGUGGCAUACUGCCCACUGGUGCUGAAGUUCAAGUUCUGCAGUCGAGCAUACUUCAGACAGAUGUGCUGCAAGACCUGCCAAGGACACUGACCCACAGGAAGCAGAAGAAUGUGCCUUGUUAUUAUCAUUGUGGAAGAGUGUCCAUCGAAGAGAGCCACACAGCGAAAUGAGAUUGACGUCCUUGCAAAUGCAUUACCCUGUGGAAAACAUAACCACUGGUCAGCCCCAGCUGACAGGAUUUCAAUAUUAUUUUAACUUCUGUGAAGUGGGAUUUAUUAAUCCAAAGUGCUGGACACAGUAUGAGGGGAUCCCAAAUUUGAAAGAUUCACACAACACAUAUAGAAUAGCUUACUGUGGAACAUUUGUGUUCUUUUGACUAAAUUCAAUAGUCUGUUUACAUCCUUGGACCAUUAAAAUAACUUUUAUUAUGGACUUAGCAAUGACACUGAAUCCAUUUCUAUUUAAAACUGUUUAAAAUGUAGUUCUUAUGAGUUGAUCUACUAUGGAAGUAAAGAAGAAUCAAAAUAAAAACAUUAAGUCGUAGCUUAAAAAUCUUAACUAUUUUAUCUCUUGACACAGCACCACAAUUUAAAUUAUAAAAUGAGCUUGGAAAUGUUAUUUAAGGAGCAGAAAUUUUUUAGAAAAAGAAGUAUUUUUUCUUCAUUCCACCUAUUUCCCUUUGGAGUAAUCCAUAUUUCCUGAACACUGCUGUGAGCCAUAUAUAAAGCUAUACUAAAUAGAAAAACCACGAGGGACUUAGUUUUAAGAGGUGCAACAGUUAUUGCAGUGGUGCAUGAAAUACAAGUGUGCUAUGAAACAAAAUGAAAUCUUCAUUGCAGGUUUAUAGCCAUCUUACCAUUGUACAAGUGAGAGAUUUCCACUGAAAGGAACAUAUUUCAGUGUCAUGGGGGAGGCAGACUCCAGCAGUGGUGAAGACUGGAUUGCCAGUUCCUUCACUACUACCAUAAAAGUUUUUUAGGACUUACACUUUGACUCUA